CGUUGUUAUAUCUUCUUAACAGUUAUUUUUUCAGAAUUCAUGGCUGCAAGAUAAGCAAUAAAUUAUGAUUGUUAUGAUAAGCAAUAAAUUUAUUAAUAAAAAAUAACUGAAAAUAAUUUACCAAUACCACAACUAAACCGUAUUUACCAAAGACGAAAAAUCUAAUCCUUUCAAAUGUUUUCAUGAUUGGCAUUUUGCCAUCCUCCAGUUUUCCUUCUAUUCUUCGUGUUUAGGGUUAUAGUUGCUUGGAUUGCAUUUUCUCAAUAUGAAUAGUUGAAGUUGAAAUUUCUCUCAUUUUCUGUUUCUGAUCUGAAUAGCGGAAAAGCUUCGAUUGGUAGAAACUCCAAAGCUAAGGCCAAGAAAUCCAGAAGAACCCUUGUCUUGUUCAUUUUUUUUCCACAAAACCCAUCAUAAUAGACCCAAAUCCGAUUCUGGGUCUGUGUCUAUUUCUUUCUCUGAGUGGAGAACAUGGGGGUUCCGGUGAUUAAGUUCCCGAUCUUCCUGGCAGUGCGAGUGACGGGGAUGAUUAUCGCGGCGCUGGUUCUGACAUGGACGCUUCAUUACAGGGGUGGAUUGGCUCUCGUCUCCGACAACAAAGAUCUCAUCUUUAACGUUCAUCCUGUUUUAAUGGUUAUAGGACUAGUGCUCUUAAAUGGUGAAGCCAUGCUGGUAUACAAGACUGUUGUGGGGACAAAAAGCUUCAAAAAAUUAGUUCAUCUUACAGUACAAUUCUUUGCUUUUUGUUUGAGCAUUGUUGGUGUCUGGGCUGCUUUGAAGUUCCACAACGAUAAGGGCAUUGACAACUUCUACAGCCUGCACUCAUGGUUGGGUCUAGCCUGCCUUUUCCUAUUUAGCAUCCAGUGGGCUGCUGGAUUUGCUACCUUUUGGUACCCAGGUGGCUCGAGAAAUAGCAGAGCUUCCUUGUUGCCAUGGCAUGUGUUCUUUGGGGUGUAUAUCUAUGCCCUUGCUGUUGCUACUGCUACAACUGGUAUCUUGGAAAAGGCUACGUUCCUUCAAACUAACAAUGUAAUAUCUCGCUUUUCCAUGGAGGCUUUGCUCGUAAACUCUUUGGGCAUUUUGAUUGUUGUUUUGGGUGGUCUGGUUGUUCUUGCCAUUAUUGCUCCUCUUAAUGGCAAAGGUGAUGCGCAUAGAGGAUUGGUAGACUAGGGAGAACUUGUUUCCCUUGCAACUCCCAGGUGCCAUAAAGUUGAAUUUUGACUCCAGACGAGUCACCGAAUGUAUUAUUGUUUUGAGAUUGAUACGGGUGUGUAUCAGUAUUGAAACUUCGGAAACUUACACGUUUAUUGAAGAAAUUCGGGUGGCAGUUGCUUCUUUGACUCUAAUCUCCCUAGUUUGUGGCAUUUCAGUGUUUAUUUUAUAAAAUUUUUGAGGAAUU